AAGUUAUCCGAGGCGAGUAUUUAAAACGUAUUUAUUAUUUUUAAUUUUCAGUUCAAUGACAGAUUCGGUGUAUUUCACGUUCUCUUCGCUAUUCAUCGUUUUCGUUUCUUCGACAAAACCGUCGAACGACUCUCAUUAUUAGUUACGUGUAUUAACGUGCAGCACGCCGCAAAUACACACCAAUAUUCAGCCUAUCUGAGAACAUCGUCGUCGUCGUCGUCUGCCAGUCUCUUCGGUUCGCCUUACGAUACAUGCGGUUUAAACGUAACGAAUUUUAUCGCCAGUCGCGUGCAAUUCUGUUCAUCUCAUCGCCAGUGCAUCGUGUCGGUGUCGGUGUUCGAUUCUAGUGAUUUUUUUGAAUAUGAUUAUACUAAUGACUAAUUAGAAUACAAAAUGACAUUUGUUUGGAUUUGCGGACUCAGUUCAUCGCUCAAAAGUGUGGGAUUUUUCCAAUGGGAAGAUAUUCAUUAAAUGGAGACCAGUGAAAUACCACCGUAUACGAUAUUCACCGUCGAUAGUACCGAAUUGGACGUGGACGUAACCCAAGUACCAUCGCCUCAGCCAAAAUACUCAUCCGCAGAUGAUCCUCUGCUCACGGACGUAUGGAUCGGAUUAAUUCUAAUAUUAAUGGUGUUGAUAUGCAUCGGAUACAUUUGUACCUGUUUACUGUACCAUAAAUUCCGUAGAUGGAAACAAGAAGUUCUACAAGCUCAACGAGCAAUGAACACCAGAGUACCUUUCAGAGAGGAAUACACUUACGAAGAAUCGUUACCAAGUUACACAAUCGUCACCGGAUUACCAUCUUAUGAUCAAGCUAUGGAACAGUUUCGUAAAAUUAGAACCAUGAGAAGAGUAUCUUCGCCGAAACUUGGUCCGGAUGAAGAUCGACCACCGAAAUUAACAUUCGCUCGUUUAUCCUUAGGAGACAUAUUUCAAUUUUAUAAAAAUGAUAAAACUUUACCAGUGUAAAUGCUGUAAAUAGAUUUUUGUAAAUUUUUUUUUUCUUUUGUACCGAACUACCUACGUUUUAUUUCUUGAGAAUUAUGUACCUGUGUAUUGAAUAAAAUUCAUUUUUAAGCGUG